GUGCUCCCGGCCCUGACGACCGGGCCGUGCCUCGACCCGGAUCCACGCGUCAUCGAGCGGCGACCGCAACACGAGUUACAUGACACAGCAGAUGCCGCAGCGCUGGCGCAGCCGCGGCACAGCGGCCGCAAGGGACCACGCGGCCGCCCCUAGGCCAGCGCGCGGCAGCCACCGCGCGCCACCCCCCGCACGCGUCCACGUGAACCGCACCGCCACCACGGCACCGCCACCACGGCACCGGCCGCGGCCGAUGGCCCAACCCCCACCCAGAAAAACCGAACCGCCGCCACCACCACCACCCAUACCCCGCCCCGCCUCCUCACCUUAUCCCACCGCCGCCGCCGCCUCCAUCUAUUACACCCAACUACUCCUUAAACCUAGUUGCUACCUGCCCCAGAUCUAGAUCUGAACUUCCGUGACUGCUGAUGAUGGCGCAGGAGGCCGACGAGACGCCGCCGCGGCCGGCGCAGAAGAAGAGCGCGCCGGCGCAUCCGUGGUCGCACGAGGAGACCAUGCACCUCAUCGACGCGUACGAGGAGCGGUGGACGGCGCUGCGGCGCGGCCAGCUCAAGGCGCACCAGUGGGAGGAGGUGGCGGCGGAGGUCGCUGCGCGCUGCGCCGCCACGCUCGGGGCCGCCGCGCAGCGCAAGACGGGCACCCAGUGCCGCCACAAGCUCGAGAAGCUCCGCAAGCGCUACCGCACCGAGGGCGCCCGCCCCGUCACAUCGCUCUGGCCCUACUUCCGCCGCAUGGAGCACCUCGAGCGCGGGCCGCUUCCCGUCUCCUCCGCCUUCCCACCCGCCGCCGGCUCCCCGCCCGUCGCGGCCUCCGACGAGGAGGAGGUAGAAGAUGAGGAAGAAGAAGAGGAAGACGAGGAGGAGGAAGAGGAAGAGCCCAUCCCCCGGAGCAACAACACCAGAAGCAUCAACGGCAUCCUCCGGGAAUUUGGCAGCGGCCUCGCCCCUCGCCACCCGCAGCUGCAGCAGCCACCGCCGCCUGCUUUCACGCCGUCCACCGCGCCUCCGCGGAAGAGGGUCGCCUACGAGGCGUUCCAGGUCAAGACCGCAGCGGCGAUUGCGGCGGACAAGGUGAAGGACGAAGAGGUGGAGACAGCUCGCCGCCCAUCUGGACCUGGGGGAGCCAACACGCAGCUCUCGGCGGUGCUGAGGGAUUUCGGCGAGGGAAUCAUGCGGCUGGAGAGGCGGCACAUGGAGAUGCAGUGGGAGAUCGAGCGGGGGUGGAAGGAGACGGAGGCCCGCCACGCCAGGAUGCUCCAGGACGCUCAGCGGCAGCUCCGUGACACCAUCGCCGCCACCUGCGGUCCGCUGCCGAAGAAGGCCAGGAGGGACCAUGGCAGCAACGGAGACGGCUUGUAGGAAACAAUCGAUGGUUGCUUGCAGCUGCUUCACUUGGUGAUCUGAUGGUGAUGCCGUGAUGGUGUUUGGCAACUGGUGGAACCGUGAAGGACUGUGAAGGACAGCUCUUCCGGGUGAGGAUGGGGACUGCAAUUUGAGAGCUGCGUAAGCGCAAUUUGGGUUCAAGCGCUGGACGCUAACGAGUGUGUGACAAAGGAUCCUGAACUUGAAAAGCACCGGUGUACUUUUGAAGUUUCGACUGACUACUCGAUUAUGUCAGUCUGUCUAAUGUUGGACCUGUGUGUCAUGAUAGUUGUGCUUAUGGACAAAACUUUGGUAUCGUCUAAAGAAAAUCCUUCUCAAGGAGAAAGUGUGAUAAUGAGGAAGCCUAGUACCUGGUCAGCAGAACUGAAGGUAACCAUUCAGAGUUCAGACCCUCUAAAUGCUCUGAAGUGACGCAAGAACCCAGUAAAGUACUCUGAACAUGGUUUGGCAAAGGAAUGACGUGCGUUGAUGAUGAUACACCAGUCGUCAGGGAACCUCAGAAGUUGCUUUGAUAAGCUGGAGUGCAUGAGAUCAAAUCAAGCCAGGGUCAGUCCUUAUGUGGUAUAUUCAUCAUUUGUUUUAGUCUGUCCUCCGGUCAAAUUUAUUAGUUAAGUUCCUGUAAAACCUCCGUUGAAAUUGCUGAUCUGGUGAACUUUUUUGUGGACCAUCCUUAUUCUCAGAAGUUUCAGUUGUGUGGUCAUCUUGCUUUCGAAAUUUA